AUGAACAUUCACAGCCACAACAAAAAACAACACUUUGGUAUGUUUUGCCAUUCGGACGCACCGAUCACAUUCUUUCUGUCACUUUUUAACAUUAUUUUCAUACAAUGUAGGAUGGGUGAAUUAGAACAAUGGCAAGAUGAAGCUUAUAUCCAACAGCUUUGGUUCAACCUGGGUGAAAAAGUCAUGGUUAAAGUGAUUCGUGAUAAAGUCACAGGAGCAAGUGCGGGUUAUGCCUUUGUUGACUUUGGUAAUGCCGCAGCAGCCAGAAGAGCCAUGAACAACUAUAAUGGGGUAUUGAUGCCUAACUCACUCAAACCUUUCAAAUUGAACUGGGCUUCGGGUGGUGGUUUGAUUGACAGAAGAGAGGAUCGGCAACCGGAGUAUUCUAUUUUUGUUGGUGAUUUGAGUUCUGAAAUUACCGAGACUGAUUUAUUGACCCUGUUUCAAUCUCGUUAUCCUUCCUGUAAAUCAGCCAAAAUAAUGACUGACCCUAGAACAGGAAUGACACGUGGUUACGGAUUCGUACGGUUUUCGGAUCAAAUUGAUCAACAAACAGCUUUGAUUGAAAUGCAGGGUUAUUGUAUUGGGUCUCGCGCAAUUCGUGUUUCGGUAGCAACUCCUAAAAAUUCACGUACCAAUAAUAGCAACGGUACGAAUCAAAGCAAUAACAACGCAAAUCAACAACAGCUACUGUUACUGCAACAGCAACAACAACAAUCGCAACGACAUCAAUUACAGCAAUUGCAGUUACUUCGCGAAUUACAGUUGCGCCAACAGCAACAACAACAACAACAACAGCAGCAGCAGCAGAAUAAUGGUCAUUAUACAAAUAUCUCCACUCCUUCCUCUGCAUCUUUAUUGACUUCACCUAAUAAAUCGCCUUUAUUAAUGUCAUCACCCAUGAUAAUGAAUGUGAAUAAUAAGCAACCGUACUCCAUCACGUCACCAACAAUCCCCCAGAUGUCGGAUGCAGGCAUGAAUCUCACCAAUACCACCGUCUUUGUUGGUGGAUUGUCUGCACCUGUUACAGAACAUGAAUUGAGACAAUAUUUCCAACCUUUUGGUGAAAUCAUCUACGUUAAAAUACCUCCCGGUAAAGGCUGUGGAUUUGUUCAAUACGUUUCUCGUCAUUCUGCAGAAUUAGCUAUUCGACAAAUGAACGGAUAUCAAAUUGGCAAUUCGCGCAUCCGAUUAUCAUGGGGUAGAUCAUCUCAACAACAGCCAUCACCCACCUCUGCGACCACGAGUUCACCAUUUAUGCUUUCUCAAGCGCCUUCCUUCACUACAGCUAUGCAACAACAGCAAUUACAACGACAACAUUCCUCACCUAUUCCUAUCGCUUCAAUCAACACUGCUAAUAUUUAUUCCUCACCUCCACCUCCCUCAUUCAUCUCUCCUUCGCCUUCUUCUUCCAUCACUAUUCUCUCGCCUCCUCCCAUGAUGUCCCCACCUAUGACUACAGCUAUAACAACAACGGCUGCUGGUGCUCCUGGUGGUAGUACUAUCAGUAGUAGCAAUCACAUUGGACAUUAUCCACCCGUCAUGUCUCACUAUACUACGGCUACUGUGCCUACUGCUGCUCAGCAUCAUCAUCCUAUUCUUAACCAUCCAUCUGCUCUUCAUAUCCAACCUCUCCAUCAAACGAUGUCUUCUAUGAAUGAUGGCUUGCACAAUACUAAGGAUUUUGGAUUCUUGGAUGAGAUGGACUCAAACACAACGAACGACUUGUUAAUGAACUCAGUUACGCGUUCGGUUCUUGGUGAUGAUGACCCACAAGACCAUCAUGGUAACAGUAGCAACAACAACAGUAGUGCUCAUCAACAUCACGACUGGAGAUUGAAGCAUAUUUAUGCCCAAUAG